AUGAGGGAAGAAGGUGAAACAUCGCAAGCAACAACCUCGGUUCUUAUUCAACAUAAUAGGUACCGAAGGAUUCUUAAGAGGAGAGUCUCUAAAGAAUUACAAGACAUCUACUUCCGCUUCUUUAACUAUGUUUUUACAAUGGCUUCUUCAACCAAGCUCAUUGUGAACAUAUUUAGAUACAUUAUUAUUGUUCAAAUACUCGCAUCUGCAUUACAAAUCACAAAUGCGAGUUUUUGGGGAACUUCGACAACAAUGUCUCGAAUUUUCAGAAUACUCUCUGUUGUUGUAUCGUUGGAUGUAUCUAGUUUAGAACAUUCUAAAUACUCAAUAAGUGUUCUUGUUGUUUCCUGCGUCGCUUUGUUUUCAGUUUUUAUUUUAUGUUUAACAAUGUACUUUUUCAACAAAUUAUCGAAGCUUUCAAAUACUUUCGUUAUCAUAACUUCUAUCUAUGUAACAUGCAUUGCUCCUUACUUUUUGAAUGUCCAAGCUCUUUAUAUUGGCCACGAGAUCGAUACUUUGAUUGUAAACGGAGCAUUGACAAUUCCAAUCGUCAACAUAGUCAUAGAUGUUAUUUCAAGCAUUAUCUUUUAUAUCCUUCAUACAGUUUUCGUUCCAUCUUUCCUGAAUUUCCGUCCAACCGUUUACUCCAUUCUUUUCACCAGAGAUUCCCAAAUCUUCAUCUCAGGCACAUCAAUAACCAUCUUAUUAUCCCAGAUUGGAGCAGCACAAAACAAAACUGGCUAUCAAAUCGUCGGAAUCGUUGCACUUGUUGGCGAUUUGAUUGCCUUCCUUGUUUGUUUGAAGAGACACGCAUGGCUUUCCGAUAAUCUCAAACAAUUUUACGCCGGUAUCUCAAUUCUCAAUAUUUGCUUCAGAAUUAUCAUCCCAGUUGUAGCCAUUUCAGGCAAAUCGGGUAAUGAAAUACUUGCUGUAUGCUACAUUGUCCUUGUUUUGAUCAUUGCAGAUGCAGCUCCCAUGAUUGAGAAGAAAUUUGCCUCAAAACUCCUUUUACAGCUUGAUCAGUACCAAGGAAUGGACUUCUUUGAAGAGCACAAGUACAGAGAAAUCGCCGGAAUGUUCAAAACAGGUUUCUUCAGUGGACAUCCGAAAUUACAUAACUGGACAUUCAUAGAUGAUGCAUUUACGAAAUAUCCAAACGACAGAGUAUUGACUAUUUUGUAUGCCAGAUUCGCCGCUAUCUAUCCAGAUGAGAUAGAACGUGUUCGCGAUUGCACAAUGAAAUUAAUUGCGAUCAAGAAACACGAUGUCGAAUGCAAGAAGCUUAUUAGUGACUUACAAUCACUUCUGCAGCUAAGAGAAAGGAAUCUUACGAAAGGAUUAAAGAAACAAUUAACUAAGGUUAAAGAGAAAUCUGAUCGUUGCAUCAGCCAUACUCGUCGUAUCUGGGAAUGUGUUAUUCGUGGCUCAACAAGUGAAAUUGAUUCACUUUCUGUUCAAUUACAAUAUCAAUCUAAAGCUGUCAACAAGGAUUACUCUCAGUUACUGUUGAUAUAUCCCAAUAACCCAUUUGUUGCAAGAUCAUACUCCCAGUUCAUGCAAAGUGUCAUGUGUGACUUGAAACAAGCAAAUGAAUAUCAUCAGAUUUACAGUUCUCUCAAAGUAGGAAGACAACUUCAAACAGAGAAAGGCUAUUACUUCGCUACAACAGAAAUACCAACAUUACCAACAGAUAAAGAACAUUCUGCCAUAAACUCUGAAAGUCAAAUUCCAAUUGCAACAGGAUCUGUCAAAUUGAACGGCCAACAGUCACAGCAAUCGUUUUUGGUUGGCCUAAGUAGUACAUCUAUGACAGAAGGUCAAGAUGGUCUUGGUAAUAAUAAUAUCGAAAUUUCUCCUGAGAUGCAAUACGUCGAAAACGCCAUCCACGGUAUUAAAUUACCAAGUCAAACUGUUACACGUGCUUUAAUUGUCUUAAUGUUCGUUGUUGUGUUACUUGCAACGACAAUUCCAUUUUUAAUCAUCAUUCCAAAACAAUUGAAAGAAGAAAUUGAUUCCGCUGUUUGUGUACACACAGUUGCCGACAUGUACACAACAAUCUACCAGAUAAUGAUCUUUGCAAUGCAAUAUACAGGCUCAACUUUGAGAUACUUCCCUACUUUUGCACAGAGAUUUCAAACAUUGACAGGUGAAAAUACUUUGUCAUUUUCUGAUUCAAAAUUCCUUUUAUCACAAUUAGAGAGAUUGGAAGAGCAUUCACAUGAAUUCGAAACAGCAUUACCUACUAUGAAGAAGACAGGUUAUUAUGCAAAAUCAUUAGAUAUGGCUUAUAACACGACAGCACCAAUUACUUUGUAUUCAGAUAAUUAUGCUGAUUCUACUAAAUUUAAUGGAACAUUUUCAUUACAAUCAUAUAUAUUGUAUAUGAUUAAGAUUAGCACGCAAAUAGUUGAUAAUCCAGAAGCAGCAAUAAAUACAAGUAAUUAUUUCAGUGCUACACAUAAUAUUCAAACUGUUGAUGCUUUUUGGAAGAAAAUAAUGAAGCAGUUAAUUACUGAUUCCGAUUCAAUGUUUACCAACAAAAUAGGAACAGUUCAAAUCAUGUUAAUAUUUGAUUUAGUAUUUAUUAUUAUUUUGGAUAUUGUUAUUAUGAUAAUUGUUUCUUAUUUAGUACAUCAUGAAAAAACAAUGAUUGCUAAUGCAUUUAAAGCAAUUCCAAAGCGCUCAAUAUCUCAAAUUGUUCAAAGAUUAAACAAAGCUUUGAAUAAGAACAUAGAGAAUGAUAAUGAGAAGAAAUUAGAUACACAAGAAGAGAAUGCUUUAAGAAUAUUAUCAACAUCAAAUACAAGUACAUUUGAUAUUAAGUUAUUUGGUUAUUUCAUGUGUCCUCAAAUUACUUAUAUUGCUUUUAGUAUUGGUAUUUUCGUUGUUAUGUAUAGAACUCCUUUGCAAAUCAAGGAUGAAUUAAGACUUUUGACACCACAAUUCUAUGAUUUAGUACUUGCUCCUGUUGCUCUUCAACAAACAAUCAUUGAUGCAUUAAGAUAUAAUUUCAUUGCAGCUCCAGGAUAUUUAGAACAACAUCCAGAUUCAGCUGAUUACAAUGCAACAAUUGCUUAUGUAAAAGCAAGUUGUAUUGAACCAUUCCCAAGUCUAGUUUCUCAUUGGUGGUUCGGUGAUGGUGUUACAACAGAAAGAACAGCUGCAAAUGGUGGAGAUACUUAUACAUCUUUGUUCUCGACUUCUACAUGUGAUGCUGAAACAUUUUUGACUGGAAUUACUGGUACAAUGACUUGUGCUUCUAUUGAAACAUCUGCUUAUGCUGUUAUGAAGUCAUUGAAUGAUGUUUUCGAGUCAAGACCAUCAGCAGAAGACACAAGAAUCUCAGCAGCAAUGUUAUGGUCAUUCAUGAGAUUAAUGAAUCAAACUGUUGAUCCAGGAAUUGAUAUUCUCGAUGGAUUGUUGAGAGAAAAACAAACAGAACUCACUGAUAAAAUGACAACACCUGUCAUUAUAAUGAUAAUUAUUUUAUUUGGUUUCGGUACAUGGGCAAUUAUUGGUAUCACUUUUGUUAGUGAAGCGACAAUUGGAACAAUUAAAUUGUUCUUACAAGCUGAUCCACAUGAUAUUCUUAAUUCAAAGACAAUAUUAAAGAUAUUGUCAAGUGAUUUCUCAAGUAAUGAUGAUGAUUCAAGAACUAAAGACACUUCUUUCUAUGAAAUGUUAGUGUCUAAUCUUCUUGAUGGAACUGUUUUCAUGGAUAACUCUUUGAAGAUUUUGUCUGCAAACAAAUCAGUUGAAAACAUCAUUGGAACUCCUGCAAAUGAUGUCAUUGGAAAGAAAUUUGAUGAAAUAGUUAAAGCACCAUCAGGAAAAGAACAAUCAUUAGCAACAUUCCUUUCUGCUUUAUCAACAGCAAUGAACGCAAUGAGAUCUCCUCGUAUAACAAUGGAAGCAGAGAUAGAAAGAAAUGGAGAGCCAUUAAUGGUUGAAUUCAAUGUCAUCGCUGUUUCAUUAGUUGGAGAAGUCCAAACAGCACCAACAAACAGAGAAGGAUUGGCAAUGGUCAUUAUUGUUAUGAAGGAUACAACACCAGCAAUGACAGCUAAGAAGUUGUUGGAUGAAGAACACGAGAAAGGUGAACAUUUGUUGAAUAUGAUUCUUCCAGAUAUAAUUGUUAGAAAAUUACAAAGAGGUGAAUCAAAUAUCUCUUUCUCUGUUCCUUCUGCAUCAAUCUUGUUCAUGGAUAUUGUUUCAUUCACUCCAUGGUGUGGUUCUCUUCCUGCAAAGACAGUUAUGGCAACAUUAAACAAAAUGUUUAAGUUGUUUGAUACUGCUCUUUCGAGAUAUGAUAAGAUGAUCAAGAUUAAGUGUAUUGGUGACUGUUACAUGGCUGCAGGAGGUAUUUUCGAUGAAGUUAAUAACCCUGCAAUCCAUGCAAAACAGGCAAUUUCUUUCUGUUUGGAUGCAAUUAAUGGUUUGUCUUUGUUCGAUAUUGAAAACAAAGUUCAGUUGAGAAUCAGAGCAGGAAUUAACUGCGGUGGUCCAAUCAUUGCGGGUGUUUUAGGUAUUGAGAAGCCAACAUUCGAUAUUUUGGGUUCUGCAAUUUCUGUUGCAGCUUCUAUGGAACAUAAUGGUGUUCCAAUGAAUGUCCACAUCCCUCAGCACAUGUAUGAUUUGGUUUACGACCAAGAGUUCGUUUUCAAGGAGAGAGGUGAUAUCCAGAUUAAGGAUAAGAUGAUCCAUACUUACUUAGUCUCUGGAUAUACUUCUAAGAAUAAUUAA